AUGAAGCUAUUUCACGUCCUAGGCGCAUUACACAUCGUGGGCGGCGCCCAGGCGGCAAAAGACCAUGUAGUCGCAAGUCUCGCAGAGGACUACUAUGGCUCCAGCAGGACUGAUGACCUGCUAUUGGGAGGCGCACAGAAUGGUGGGUGGUGCGGUCUGCAUGUCCACGACGACGACAGCAGCCAUUGUCAUGGUGAAAACAGCGUCGAGUAUCACGCGGCAGGAGACGCAAGCGCAAACUCGCAGCCGCAGCCAUCAGGCGAGGACGACGAGGCAGCCAUCGAAGAGGCAUCGCGGUUAUGGCCCAUCUCAACCCCAUGCGCGCCCAAUGGCACCAGAGCGUACUGCGUCUACACGCACCCAGGCUUUGCCUCGGGACGAGGCAUCAGCAUCCUGACGUCGGCGCGCACGGCUAUCGCAAUAGCCAAGUCGGUAGCCUUUUCUGCCUACUUUACGGGGGAACCGGCAGAGGAGGAGCAGCAAGAAGAGCAGCGCGGUUUUCUCCUCAACCUUGGCGAGGACGAGAGCAGCCCGCUGUGGCGCGUGCAAGAGAUGCCCGGCAAAGGCAAGGGUCUCAUUGCGCAGCGCAAUCUGGAAGCGGGCGACCACAUUAUGAGCACCACGCCCUCGGUCAUGAUUGACUACAACCUCUUUACCGACCUGGCCGAGGCCGACGAGUUGAUGGCGUUGCAGGUUGCGGCCGUGGAGGGGGGACUUUCUGAUGCCCACCGAGGAAUCUUCAUGGCACUUUCGACGCACGAUGAUGAUUUUGCAGAUCAUGCCGAGAGGGUCUCCAAGAUUAUACACACCAAUUCAUUUGAUAUCACGCUCGAUGGAAUUGUCCCAAAGAAUGACGAGGGGGUUGAUGAGAACUUUUAUACUGUUUUCCCAGAAAUUUCACGAAUGAACCAUGACUGCCGGCCAAAUGCCGAGUAUUAUUUCGACCCGGCCACAUUUGCACAGCACGUCCAUGCUGCACGCCCCAUUGCCGCCGGGGAGGAAAUCACCAUCUCUUAUAUAGACCCCAUUCAAACGCGACAAGACCGACUUGAUCGCCUCGAUAAUUCAUGGCACUUUCCCUGUUCAUGCAGCGCAUGCAUGCAGAACCGCGACAUGACAGCAGCCUCGGACGCGCGGAUUCACCAAAUCCUCGAAAUCCGCAAACAGCUGCGCGAGUGGGCGCCGAGCUCGCAGGCGACGCCGGCCAUGGCCGAGCUCAUGAUUUCGCUGUACGAGCAAGAGCGGCUGUGGACCAUGCUGUACGAGGCCUACACGUACGCGGCCAUCGAGUACAAUGGCGCCGGCGAGCCGUGGGCCGCCACAAAGUACGCCCGGCUCGCCGUCCAGCGCGGCCUGGCCUCGGGCGGGCCCAACCACUCCGACGUUCACGAGAUGGAGGCUCUGGCCCGCAAUCCCUGGGAGCACUGGUCUUGGAUGCUGAGGACAAGGAAACGGAUGAAUUGGGAACCGCACGCUGUAUCAUAG